GACGUGCCGUCCCUCCGGCAACGAAGCCCCUCCCCGUCCGGCCCCCCACCGGAACUCGCCGGCUAGAGCAGAGCGGAUCGACCGCGCGAGCCGAGCUGUCGCUGCUGCCUCCCGCGUCGACCAACGACCGUGCAGCGGCUGCCGCGCGCGUGCGUGUCUGCGACGAUGACGACCAAGUUGGCUCCGGUGCCGCCGUUCUGAGCCGCCACCCUCCCUCCGUCCACCCCUCCCUUGCCGGGGGACACUCCGGGCACACGUCGUCCGCCCGAAGCCGUCGAGCGUCGCCGGGAGAGCGAGUGCCUUGCUGGACGUGCGCGCCUGUGCUUCGGCUUCGAUGCCGGCGGGCUGAGUGGCAGCAAGCCGGUAGCCAGGCAUGGUUUCACCGCCGGAGACCAUGAUGCCUACAGCGGCCCCCAACAAGCCCAAGCUCGGCUUCUCCAUCGAGUCGAUCGUCGGCAAGGAUGCGGUCGACGAGCGGCGAGCGGAUGUCGCCGCUACCGCGCACCACCACCACCUACCGGACUCUCUGGCGGCCUCGGGUCCGCCGGACUCGCCACGGCCCCCCGCUGCGCCGCCGGUCACGGGCGGCGGCGUAGCCGUGCCCAUGGCCACGUUCCCGCCUCUGGCGGCCGCUUACGCCGCGAUGGUCGCCGAGCACCACCACCAUCAACAGCAGCAGCAGCACCAUCAGCUGUCCCGUGGCCCACCGCCAUACCUGGGCUCGGCGUCGGCGCUCCAGCACCACCACCCUCCGCCACCCACCGCGCUGGGACACCUGGUGGGACCCGGUGGCCCCUUCAUGGUGUCCCGGGACCCACAACCCCUCUAUCCCUGGUUGCUGGCGGCCAGGCAUUCGAGGCUCUUCGCGCACCGAUUUGGAGGUCCCGAGCCGGCGGGCUUCCUGCUCCAUCCGUUCCGGAAGCCCAAGCGGAUCCGCACCGCCUUUUCGCCGUCGCAGCUGCUGAAGCUGGAACACGCCUUCGAAAAGAACCACUACGUUGUCGGCGCCGAGAGGAAGCAGCUCGCGCAGUCCCUGAGCCUCACCGAAACGCAGGUGAAGGUGUGGUUCCAGAACCGGCGGACCAAGCACAAGCGCCAGAAGCAGGAGGAGGAACACUCGACGUCCCACGGAGGCUCGGACUGCAAGGCGUCCUCAUCGCCGAGGCCGCCUGCCGCGCUCUCGCCCGACAUUCAGAUGGACGACUCGAGCUCCGACUCGACGCAGCCACUGUCGUGACGCCAGCAGCUCUCGCCCGUGGCGCCAGAGCAGCCGCCCGUGCAGCUGCCGCGCGGACUGUGCGCCCCUUGUGGACCGUACGCCGCCGCUGGGCCUGUCGCCGCGUUGUGGACGUUGGGCGGGGGGCCGCCGCGAAUGUGAGCGUCCUUCUGACGAUGCUCGCGCUUCACUAUCGACGACAGCGUAGUUCCUCGCUUCACUGACGCUUGCAUACACUACUGGCUCAGGAACCACGCCGAUGACCUCGUGCGUCAGAUAUCGGCGGCAGUUGUCCACUGCCGCCGUUGAGCAGUGAGGCUCACGGGGAUGAGAAUCAUUUCCUUCUUUUGUUGUUCUCGGUGAAUGGCAUGUAUGACGAGCGAAAAUAAAAUAUUAGCAGGGAGCCCAUUGGCGCUUGCCCGUUGGCGCCGUUUGACCACUGAUCGAGAAGAGCGCCGUGAACUGGUUGCGCGGACUAAGGCGCUGUAUUUCGACCAUACCAACCACGCACGUAUGUGAAAUUUAGUCAACGCAAAAAAAAGGUGGGGAGGGAGAAUGAUGAAGCAAGAAUUGCAGCACGGCCCUGGCUUGGCAAGCUCCGUACGGGUCUUCUGCUUCGAUAUGGCAUUAUGACUGAAGCGGGCGUCAUUCGCGUGGUUCCUGAACUUCGCGUAAUUAACGAGCCGGUCGGCCUCUACCGCUGGCCACACUGUGUGCGUGUCGGUACUCGAUGCGAGCGCGCUUAGUCGGAGCUCCAGACGGAGACAGGCGGCCGCGUCGAAGCUAUGUGUCGGCCUGCGAAGUCCGCGUGCCGAUUUCGGUGUGCUCUUACGUGAGUUCCCGCUACGCGGAGUCGCUGUCUGCAUGGUAAACUGUGUUCAAACUCUGUCUCUUUAUAUUCGGCAGGUAAGCGAAGCACUCUUCGCCGUACUGCACUUCGUGCUGAGGAAAUCAGGCUUUUCGCAAAAUUUUUAAUGCAAUAACUUCGGUGACCUGAGAACCGCCUCUGCUUGGGUUUUUCUGCAUUUGCGCGCGCUGGCCGUGGGAGACUUGGCGUUGAUUCAGUUCCAACAUUUACAGCGGCGUAGACUAUUCCUUGGCAGUCUCGUUCAUUUCUGGUUGUAAUUUUUCAUUGCACAUAACGUACAUAUGCGUUCGAAGGCAUGCAAACGUGUUUAAGGGCGGUCGCCCGCCUUGGGCUGGCUUCCCGUCGAUCCUUAGCAAGGAUCAAUGUACAAAAAAAUUCGGUAAGCUGUUGCGUCUGUAAUUUUAUUCACUGAGCUCUCGCUGAUUCAUUUCGCACAUCGGCUCAUCUAAAUUAGCAAAAAGGAAAGAAGCGAAGACAUGAAACAUGAGGGAGGGCUUUCAGCCUAUUACUGGCUGUUUGAUUGUUAUUUUCUUCAUCUAUUUUCUUUUCGUAAUGGAGGACAGCUUCGUAUGCGUUGCGCUCCGGAUUGUGCGUCGACGUGAAUAGUGCACUCCACAAAUAACCGCGCAGAAAUUAAUUAGUUCAGAUCCGUUCUUGGUGAACAAACAGGGUUUUUUAACCAAGUCGUGUUAAGAACGUUGCACGAGUCUCUACGGCCCCCCCCCCCCCCCCCCCCCCACUCUUUGUCUGCGUCAUGUAGCGUCGAACGUGCUUCCACCAUCGAAUGAUACGUAUAGCGACGAAAAACGCCCCUAGAUAAGCCGUUCUCCAUACAGGGGAUGGUGCACUUUGCAUGAGCGAGCCGCACCGCUUGAAGCGUGGGCCUGUGCAGAGGGAGAGUCGCGACGGACUGGCGCACUUUGAGUGACCUCGCACUCUGAGAAGGGGCGCCCUUCUCCAGCCGGCAGACUCGUUGCGUGUGUUGCGUAUAGACGUGCAAACGGUGUAUCGGUGUCAGCGCCGACCGAAGACGACAUAUGAAGAUGGUGUGGCCGCGACAUGCCAGGACUGAGCGUGUUCGGAAAGAAGUAGUGGACACGCUGACAUCUCGAUGUGCCUAGCGGUCCGAAAUGUGUAUGUGUGUGUGUGUCUUCACCCACGUGUGCGUGCGUGUGGCGUCCGCCGCGGUCGUACAUUCAUGUUCGUUCUAAAGCCGUGUGUACAGAAUCGUGUUCUUUGAGUUUUGUUUUCUUUGUCGUCGCCCUUGAUCACGUCUUUGUUUCCUUUCUUCCUUCUCGCUUGUUCAACACUCCCCCCUCCCUUUAUUUUUCUUCUUGCACACCACAUGCUCGAGCCUUUGUUCACGCCAUGAUUGCGUUCUGUCUGCUAAAGGCACGGACACUCAUCAACAGCAGCUGAAGGAAAGGCCAACCGUUGCCUCUGAAACCAAAGAAGCAUUUCUUUCAUUUUCUUUUUUUUUUAAUUUUCAGAGGCUGACUUGAGACUUUCUCACCAUCGGGCGCAGUGCGCCUUCAUAGACCCCCAGUGUGGUCGAGCAUGUGAGCGCUUUGUGAUGCGUAGAGUUUUAAUGUUAAAAUGAAAAUAGUCGCGCGAAACAAUAUGGAAAAGGAACGAACGAGAUCAGUACGGUAUGAGUCUGCAACUUGGGAACUCUCGCAGUUUGGCGUUUCAGGCAGCUUAGCCCACCAGUUUUGAUAAGCCAGUGUCAAGAGUGUUGCUCAACUGCAUUGAGUGCUCGUGUUAACUUGCGUGGGCGGAAGGUUGUCAACGACGAAGCAGGACCUGAUGUUGCAGCUGUAGAGGGCGCUAAAUCGCAAAAAAUACGUCGUUACCUUGGCUGUACCACUCAGUUCCAUUACGUGUCACUGUUCUUUCACAGCCGUAAGCGUUGCGCGUCGUUUUGCAACGAUUGACUUGGAGCUGCUCAGGCUAGAUUGUAAAAGCAUUGCAGCUUUUAUGAAUACCCAGUUUUACGUCGCUUGACGGACACCUAGUGUCCUUCGGCACCUGCUGUCAAGAUUUAUGAAUAAAAUUAAUAAAUGAAGAAAGAGAGAAUGGAAGAAAGAAAAGAAGAAUGUUAGCGUUCAUUUGUGGACCUCAACGUCUCCGUUCCGUUAUAGGUACCAAUUCUGGAAACGAUCUUGAUCGACACAAUAUGUGUGCGUCAUUACAUUGCACCCUUUCAAAUUCAAGAGUGCCCGUUAGUGCUCCCAGUGCUCUUCGAAAGGUCUUCAUUAACUCUUGCUGCGACUUUGCCCAGGUUGGUUUGAUUUCCGUGCCUGUCACAUGCAUCGGAAAUACGAGCAAACAAGAAAAAGGAAAUGUCCGGCCGAGUGAAACGCUUUGUAAGAACUUCUGUUGAAUCUGUACAUAUGAGACACACUAUUUGUUUUAUGUGCGUGUGUGCUUUUCUCUCUGUAUUGUUUAAAGUGUAAAUAUGGUCGAUGUAAUUUAUAACAUGCGAAAAAGGGAUUCUCAUUAAAGAAGAAAUGUGCAUCAA